UUUUGAGUUUCAAAGCAAAGGUUUGCAACCUGAGUCUGCAUGCUGUCCAUGAUGCUGUCCCCGGGCCACCAGCAGAUGUCUCUCUCCUCUUUCAGCCUGCUGUUGUCAGAGUAUCCAGUCAAGGGUUUCAGAGCUGUUUCACCAGGAAAUGAAACUGAAGCCAAAGUGAAACUGAUGUUUGAAAAGUGGGUGGGCUCUGAUUUUGGUGGCAUAAAACAACCUUUACACCUGUCUACAGGACACAGCCUCGGAUACACUGUUACAGGUAUUGCUGUUACAGAGAUGUUGAGAAUAAAAGCUUGGAUUCCUGGAUGCACCCUGCUUGUGCUGGUGACAUUAUGUGGGCCGACUGCUCACUGCCAAAGUCAACACAAAGACUCUACACAUCAGGGACACUUGAGACUCAUUCUGGUGGGAAAAACUGGAUCAGGAAAGAGUGCUUCUGGAAACACCAUCCUGGGGCGAAGGUAUGCAUUUGAAACUGACAUUUCACCUGAGUCUGUGACAGCAGGCUGUCACCAAGAGGAGGUACAAGAUGGAGAGAGGAACCUUUUUGUUAUCGACUCCCCGGGCUUGUUUGAUACCAGCAAAACAACAGAAGACGUGAAAGAAGAUAUUGAGGACUGUGUUGUACAGUCGGUUCCUGGACCCCAUGCUUUUCUGUUAGUGAUAAGUCUGAAGGCAAGAUUCACCGAAGAGGAGAAAGCAUCUGUGAAGUGGAUCCAGGAUAAUUUUGGCCCAAAGUCUUCCAUGUACACGAUGAUCCUGUUCACACAUGCUGACUUGCUUGGAGAAAAAACUGUGGAGGACUUUGUGAGAGAGAGCAAACAUCUACAAAAACUCAUCACCCAGUGUGGGGGACGAUACCACUCGCUCAUCAAUGACAACAAACAAAGCAGGGACCAGGUUCGACAACUUAUAGAUAAGAUUGACACAAUGGUGGAGUUCAAUGGAGGAAGCCACUACACCAGUGAGAUGUACCAGAGAGCUCAGGAGCAAAUUGAAGAGGAGAGAAGAUGGGAGGAGGAACAAGAGAAAGAGGAGGCAAAGAGAGCUAAAUGUAAAGCUGUGAUGGUGGCUUUGGCUGGAAUUGCUGGAGUGAGCUAUCUUUUCCCCUCAUAUCUUCUCACUUUAGUUGCCGGUACGUUUGGACCAGAAGCUUAUGAUUGCAUUAAAUAUAUGUUCAAGUAAUGUUUGCUGAUCCCGACGUGACAAAAGGAAAAUGUGGAAGAGACAUUUGAUAAUCAAAAAGAGGUGUUUGCAUCCUCCAGGAUUCCUCUGAGCUGAAACAUCAGCAUGUCCAUGUUCUCUGUGUUAUUAGGCAUAAGAAUACAUUACAUACAUUACUGAAACUUUCAAAUAAAUCCUGACCUACAGUUUACUUCU